AUGAGUCUCGACACCACCCAGCUCAAGGGAGAUUACCGUUCUACGUCACAAAUCGAUGACGGCGACUGCAAACCAAUCACUUCAUCUGGAGGAAAGCCAUACUACCCUUGUGGUCUAAUCGCCAACAGUGUUUUCAACGACGGCGCGCAAAACGAAACAUACGACUUUACUGAGAAAGGGAUUGCCUGGGGAGGAAUCGCAAAGAACUAUGUUGAAACCCCUGACUACCCAUCUCCUUCUGACGUUCUUCCGCCUCCCAACUGGGCACGUCGAUAUCCCAACGGAUAUGAAAGUUUCCCCAACUUACGUGAGGAUGAGCACUUCCAAGUCUGGAUGCGGAUUGCCGCUUUACCCACUUUCCGGAAACUAUGGGCUAGGAACGACAACGAUGUGAUGACUCAAGGAAGAUAUCGAGUGAACGCGUAUAUGAUGCUAUCAUGGAACCAACCGCGAUGA